UCAAGGGGGACAGUGAGGAGGGAGAGAUCGGGGUCCGGUGUGUCUUUUUCCGGACCACACUUUUGGGAAUCUGCGCACGGAUCGUGUCGCGUAAAGCGGCGCCGCAUCAGCCUCGGGCCGCGCGCACCAGCUCCAUUGGAAUAAACCGACUAAUUGCCUCCUUUGAAAUUAUCCCUCAGUGAUCCAGACAUCCGUUCUCCCCAUUUUUUUUUUCUUCAUUUGAAAGUCACCGAGUGAAGAUUUGAUCAACCCGACGCUGGCAAUAUGUAAUUUGGCCGACGGACAUUGUGUUUUUUGGGGGGUCUGUUCAGUGAUUCGGAUUUCUUGGUUCCCGCUCCUGGGCUGCUGGUGCUGUGGAGCAGAUUCUGAUGGACUCCCAGAAGUGAGAGUCGAGCCAAGGCGUCAUUUGGAAACAGUUUGUCGGACGGGUGAAAAUGAGAGCUCCCAUUCCGUUUCUGAUCCUGCUUCAAGCUGUUGUGGUCCAUUGUGUAAAAGUGGUUUCCAAGAGAGGCUCAGUGGAAGGAUGCACAGACUGGUCGGUGGACUACCUGAAAUACAAGGUUCUUCUGGGGGAACCAGUUCGGAUUAAGUGUGCUUUAUUCUACGGAUAUAUCCGAGCCAACUACACUCAUGCACAGAGUGCAGGACUCAGCCUCAUGUGGUACAAGAGUGCUGGGCAUGGGGACUAUGAGGAACCCAUCAGCUUUGAUGGCACAAGGAUGAGUAAGGAGGAGGACGCCAUCUGGUUUCGACCUGCAGAGCUGGAGGACGUGGGUUUCUACUCCUGUGUGCUACGGAAUUCCACAUACUGCAUGAAAGUGUCGAUGUCUCUCACGGUGGCGGAGAAUGACACAGACCUUUGCUACAACUCCAAAAUGAGGUUCUUUGAGAAGGCAGAGUUGAGCAAAAGCAAAGACAUCACAUGCACUGGGAUUGAGGAUUACGUACAGCCAGGAGUGGAGCCUCAGAUCGAGUGGUACAAGGAAUGCAAGCCAAAGCAGUGGAGACAGACCAUUGAACGGAGGAGGGACACUCUGUCUAUUAAGGAAGUACGAGAAGAUGACAUUGGGAAUUACACUUGUGAAUUGCAGUUUGGGAACUUUGUCGUACGGAGAACCACGGAGCUGUCAGUCACAGCUCCCUUGACAGACAAGCCGCCCAAAAUUCUUUUCCCCUCGGAGAACCAAAUGAGCAUCAUCGAGGUUGCUUUAGGCGGUCCUGUCAACCUGACUUGCAGAGCGUUCUUCGGCUACUCCGGUGACGUCAGUCCGCUUAUUUACUGGAUGAAGGGCGAGAGGUUUAUCGAGGAUCUGGACGAAGAACGUGUCCAAGAGAGCGACAUCAAGGUGAUCCGCGAACACUUGGGAGAGCAAGAGGUGUCCAUCUCACUCACCAUUGACUCCUUGGAAGAGAGCGACUUGGGAAACUACUCCUGCUACGUGGAGAACGGGAACGGAAGACGGCAAGCCAACAUCCAUCUUUCCAAGAAAGCGGAGCUGAUGUACACCGUGGAGCUAGCUGGGGGUCUUGGCGCCAUCCUGAUGCUGCUGAUCUGCCUGGUGACACUAUACAAGUGCUAUCGGAUAGAGCUCAUGCUCUUUUACCGGAACCAUUUUGGAAGCGAAGACCUUGAUGGAGAUAACAAGGACUAUGACGCUUACCUGUCCUACACCAAAGUGGACCCAGACCAGUGGAGCCAAGAGACGCGGGAGGAGGAGCGAUUUGCCUUGGAGAUCCUCCCCGAUGUUCUGGAGAAGCAUUAUGGGUAUAAACUCUUCAUUCCAGACAGGGACUUGAUCCCUACAGGAAGUUUCACCAAUGAUCAUUUCCAGGAUGACACAAGACUGCUUAGAGCCUACAUCGAGGAUGUAGCUCGCUGUGUGGACCAGAGCAAGCGUCUCAUCAUCGUGAUGACGCCCAGCUAUGUGGUGCGGAGGGGGUGGAGCAUCUUUGAGCUGGAGACACGGCUGCGCAACAUGCUUGUGACGGGCGAGAUCAAGGUCAUCCUCAUCGAAUGCGCCGAGCUGCGCGGCAUCAUGAACUACCAGGAGGUGGAGGCGCUCAAACACACCAUCAAGAUGCUGACCGUCAUCAAGUGGCGCGGGCCGUCCAGCAACAAGCUCAACUCCAAGUUUUGGAAGCAGCUUGUCUACGAAAUGCCCUUCAAGCGCAUGGAGCCCCUCAGCAUCUCCCACGAGCAGGUCCUGGACGUCAGCGAGCAGGGCCCGUUCGGCGAGCUCCAGACGGUCUCUGCCAUCUCCAUGGCGGCGGCCACCUCCACCGCCAUGGCGACGGCACAUCCGGACUUGCGCUCCACCUUCCACAACUCUUGCCACACCCAGAUGAGACAGAAACACUAUUACCGUAGUUACGACUAUGACCUGGCACCAGGUGGCACGCUCCCACCGCUGUCCACGCUCGGCAACCAACACACCUACUGCAACAUCCCCAUGACGCUGAUCAACGGGCAGCGGCCGCAGUCCAAGUCGCCGCGUCAGCAAAGCCUGGAAGAGGGCCACGGCAACAACGCCAUGCUGCCCCUUCUGCCCAGGGAGACCAGCAUAUCCAGCGUCAUCUGGUGACACUGCGGACUCUGGAUCCUCAAUGAUGUCCACGAGUUGUACAACUCACCGCUGGUCGUGGGACCGCGAACGCACCACAGCCAGAUUGAUCUGAAAGGCACUAAAAUAUUUGCUGCUGUGGCAUUUGCACCAGAAACCAACAGGUGGCGCGAUGAUUGGAUGCAAGAGUCGAGCGAUGGAAACCUUUUUGGACCAAUGAGAGCUUUUGUUAAAAAUGGAUCAAUAAAAACAGAACUUUUUUUUUUUUUUUACGCCUGUAAAAACGUUCCACAGGCCGACACUGAAGAUCAUUCUACCCCAAAAGUGGAGGAAUACAGGGUCCUGUACAUACAACUUUUUUUUUCUUCUUUGUAGCAUUAGUGUUUGGGACUUUUCUCAUCAAUCUGGACUCUUUUUUGUCUUUGGUUUGUACAAAAGUGAAGCGAUGGUUUGUCAGUUGUGUCGUCUUACAUUUCUCCUAAUUUGUCGGCUGGUCGCUUUUUUCAUUUCUUUUAUCUUUUGAAGAGGGGCGUUCGGGGUCAAAGCCCCAGGAUUAGUUUCGAACCACUGGCUGCUGUCAAAGGUUGGGAACCAGGACUCAGCCUGAAUAUGCAAAAUACAGCAUCUGAAAAUCAGUGACGGUCGGACGGACGCACGGACGGACGGAUGGAGGGAUCCGAGGGACACGAGGAAAACGGUGCUAGGCUUCACGUCUCUGUUUCCCACGUUGUUAAAAAAAAAAACAGCCUUGCUAUUUACCUUAACAAAGGAUUAUAUCACAGAAAAUUAAUGAUGUGUAUUAUUUUAUGAAGAAAAAAAAUGUCUAUUUUUGUAACAGAGGGAUAUUUGAGAACAUAUACAGAGUGACGCGCAAAGAUUAAUAAAAUGUUUCUGUUGUGUGGAAAUGCAUAGCUCACUAUUUGUUAGCUCAUUCACUGUCUUAUAUCGCGACGUGAAAAACACUGUAUUUUCAUGGUUCCUGGCAGAAGGACGGCGGGAUGUACUAUGUUCUUACAGUCUUCACGUGGCGGAUUUGGUCAAAGGCCUCACCCAUGAUGUCGUCAAUAGCUGUGGCGUUCUUCGUGGGACCAGGGCUACAAACUUUUAUGAUCUCGUAUCACCUCAGCUAUGCUUUAUAAUCACACCCAACAAAUGACCUGCGUUUUUUUUACACUUGGAUAUUUAAAGAAUAGGGCUUUAACAUCAACCUUCUGAAUUCCAUUCCAAUUUCAGUCCACACAGCUGCAUUCUUGUCGGAAGCGGGGUUGGAUUUAUGGCGCGUUCCACUUUUGCUUGAUGUGGAGUUAAAGUUUGGAAUUAGUAUACGCCGAAUGAAACAAACACAUCCCACAAAUAUGUGUUUCUCUUUGUCUGACUCGGAUUUUGUAGUUGCAAACGUAGAGUAUUUCAUGAGAAGUUGCUAAUAUCCGGACAAAGCACGCGUGAGAAUACCUGGACGUUGCCGUCUACUUUACUUUAAUAGCUGGAACUCACUGAAUUUGGCUGUGGUGUCAUUCCCAGUUCGGACAUCCCACUUCCGAGGGAACAGGAACGCUGCAAAAAUCCACAUAUGAUCCCUCGUGGCCAAGCAAUAAUUUGUUCCCCCUUCCAAGCCAUGAGUCCACAUCAAGGUGUGUUGGGAUCAUCAGUAAUGCGUAUCAAUGAUACAACAAAAUUCAUGGGAAAUUGCAGCUAAUCUGGCGACUCGUGCGAGCUAAUAGCGUUAGCAUUUGUUUUAGGACUCUUUUUCUUUUUUUUUCAAGAACAGUUCCAGUUCAAAAUAGCACUCAGCUUAGCUUCCGGGUUUUCUCGUCCCAGUAGAUGGAGCUCUCUGUUUAAGAAAGGAAAAAACGCGCCUGCUGUGGAAGACACUUUUUUUUUGAAACGGUGCGCGCUAUCCGGUGGGCGAUCGAACUAAACGCAAUUCGAAAAGUUUCAUUAAACUUACGAUUUUUUUUGGAGCUCCGAGUUUGAAUCGAACUGAUGUCCUCUGAAAACACAGAAAGAAUGAUAAUUCAAUUGAAGAGUGUGAGAUAUCAGCGCAUGCAUGUCUUUCGUUUUCUCAGCUGUGUGGGGUGAUAAGUGCCAAAUUGAGUUCUUGCUCUUUCACAAGGACAAUGUGGGAGUUGGUUCACUUCUUGAUCCAAUCUUUUCAUCAUAACACAACCUACAUUCCUAAAGUAGGGGCUUGUGUUUUUUAUUUUUAUUUUUUAUCACACCCAGGUACCUGAACGCAUCGCUACAGUCUGCAGCAGUUUUCAGGAGAGCUGAAGAGUUUCUGUAACAACAAUAAAAACCUUCUUAAAGGCGAUUUAGGGAACAUAUCUCUCAGAUUUAGGGAACAUAUAAGAGCGACAUUCAAGCUCGCUGUUGCUCCCAAUUGAAUUUUGAUCCUUGAUAAUAUUAAAGACCAAGUUCGACCUCAUUCAUCGACAUCAAUUCACUAACAACUGUUUCAAAAAGGCCGUUGGAAGACUUGGUCAGUGAACUUUAAUUUUGUCUGUUCCUUUUGCCCUGGGUGUUUUGAGGAAAACUAAAAGUUUGGAUGACAUUCGAAAGCAAUGUCUGUGUCAAGACAUCGCUGCAUGGACGUGUUGUAAAUAUUGUUGGGGGAAAUAAGGUGAUGAAGAUGAAGACAAUCGAGCCAUACUCAUACUCAUCUUUGCCAAACUAGACGAACCUGAGUUGAAGCAGCUUCUGGCUUUUGAAAGAGUUUGUAAAAACAAACAUUUUUUUUUUUUUUUAACUGAUUUUAUGCGUAACUGAAGACAUUGAAGGCUUUGGGCGGAAAAUGGCGACAAACAAUGUUGCGAUAUAGAGCACAGAUUUAUUCCAGGCACUUUCACGACUCUUGAGACUCUGAUUUAUUUUCUAUUAUGUAUCUGCAAUGUUCAUUAAAAGAGAUGCUGUUAUUAAUAAAAUACAC